CCUCCCCCUUGCCCCUUGGCUCCCGAGUCUUGGCUCCGCCCCCUUCUCACCCGACGUGCGGCUGCAACUAGCCAGCCAGUUGCUGGAGGCACUUUGGCCAGUGCGGAGGAGUCGAGGCUGCUUCGUCCAUCAGCUGAGUUCUCUACUGCUGACGGCAUGACGGCCAUAGCGAUUCAGGCUCAGAAGCUACUGGCUCCAAAGAGGCCAACCAAGUCCUUCUUUGAAUCAUGGAUCCGAACCCUAAUCAUUCUGUGUGCUGCCAUUGGUGUGGUCCUAUCUUCUGUCUCUGUAUGUGAUGGCCACUGGCUCCUGGUGAAAGAUCAGCUCUUUGGCCUAUGGCACUUCUGUGCUUUCACCAAUAAUAGUGAGCUGAAUUGCUACACAGACUUGCACCUUGCCCAGGUGGAUGGACUGGCAGUGGGUAUGGUCCUGGCCCGAAGUAUGGGGGCUCUGGCUGUGGUGGUGGCCAUCUUUGGCCUGGAGCUCCUGAUGGUCUCCCAGGUGUGUGAAGAUUCCCUCUCUCGGCGGAAAUGGGCCAUGGGCUCCAUCCUCAUCCUGAUCUCUUUUGUCUUGUCUUCUAUGGGGCUCUUCAGUUUUGUGAUCCUCUUCAGGGACCAGGUCACCUUCACAGGUUUCACCUUGAUGUUCUGGUGUGAGUUCACCUCUUCCUUCCUCUUCUUCCUAAAUGGAAUCAGUGGCCUUCACAUCAAUAACAUCACACACCAGUGGAAUGGACCAAAGAAUUUUUAGAAAAUGAGAGAUCUCAGUCCUUCCUGAGAGUGAACUUCUACUUGAUGCCUGGGUGAAACAGACUCUGUAAAGCAACUGAUUUCUUCAAAGUCAUGUACCACUUCUUUGUGGAGUUUCUUUAUUAUUUUAAAAAACAAAACAUUCAUCUGGAGGUCUUAAGAAAAAAAGUUGGAGUCAAGGCUCGGAUGCCAGUAAUUUUGCAGAGAAGUGAUAUUUAAGUGAAAUAGGCUAGGGCUGUGGAAACACUUUAGGGGAGGGAUCUUCCAGUGGUCAAAUAAGGAGCUGCUAACAGUAUUCCAAAGCUUUGUUUCUAGGGUAGAAAGAUACCCUUUGAAAGGUUGCCUGUUGGCCAUGACCUGUGGGGUAUGCAGUCAAGGAAACCCCAGGUGACAGCUCAGUAGCAGAGUACAAAGAAGGGAGAGUCCAUCUAGAUUCAAGAGGUGAUUCCUUUCUCAAAUGUAUUUUUUUUUAAAUUAAAGAAUUUUUAGGUAGUUUUCUCUGUCUACUCUCAACAGCAUUUGAAUAGUGUUGAAUCCAUGCACAGUUCCUAACAGGAAAUUCACACUUAACUUUUUCUGUAUUAGCAUGGGGUCUACUGAGUUGCUUAAAAAAAAAAAUAACAAGCUUAGAUUAUUCUUGAGGAACUCCUCCCUCCUUGGCCCAGUUCUUUAAGGAUUCAUCUUUGACCUCAAAAUCUUCCUCCAGGAGUAUCUCCUGCAGUUGGCUGUGUCCCAUUAAAAGAGGACUACACAUAUAUCUGAGAAGUUUCUAAGGACUGCUGUUUAAUCUGAUUUGAUUGCAGCUACACCCAGUCUUCUUUCCCCUGCUCUUAUCUCCUCUCUUUUUGUCCAUCUCCAUCCCCUUUCCUAUCUCUCUCCCUGUUUUUCUUCCCCAUUAUUUAGAUUGAAAACCAAGUUUUGUUCUGAAAUACCCAGGAAAAUGAAAGUAAAAGUACCUGGCUUAAAUUUUCAGCAUUCUUGCCCACUCUCCGACCCACUCCCAUUUAUAAGGUAAGAUUCCACUUUUUGAAAAGAAAAAUACUUCCUUGAGAAUCACCACUUUCAUUCAAAGUGGAGCAAAUUUUCUAAGGUUAAGCAACCAUUUUAUUACUGAAAGGAGAAAGAGCUUGUGAGAAUUUCAUUCCUUAUGCAUUUCAUAAUAUUUCUUAGAAACUUCUUAGAUUUUUUUUAUUGAAGAAUUUUUAUACCUUUGUUGUUCAUCUGCCCCAAUAGUAGAAUAACCACGCGAUGCGAUCUCUAGUGGGAAGAUCACCCACCUGACAGUCUUCUGAGGUGUGUGGCUGAUCUGGAGCUCAAGAUGUCUUUAGAAUCCCUUGAACGAAUUAGGAGCUCAAUAAAAACUUUAUGUGAUCUGGUUUAAUUGGAUCCCUGAAUUUGGGGGUGGGGUCUUUCAAUCACUGCAUAGUCAAAUUCUGUGGGGCCUCUGGCAAUGUGGAUACCUCUGGAAGAAAAGAGCUCAGUUGUAGGAUUACUGCUCUCCACCUGCUGGCCAAGUGAUUUUCCUUUUCUGGUCUAAGCUCAACAGUGUUUGUUUCAUUGUUGUUUCUGCUCACUGAGUUGCCUUUUACUGACUUCUAACAUCAGGGACACAUUCAUGUGUGUGUGUGUGUGUGUGUGUGUGUGUGUGUGUGUGUGUGUGUGUGUUGUGUUGUGUUGCUGUGUUCAUGCGUGCUUACUUAAGCAGGCACCACUAACAGCAUCAAUGGAAGAGUAAAUUAAUUCAGUGUUUUCCAUUCCCAGAACACAACUUAUUUAAAAGCAAGAAGUCUUAAUUAGUACAUAUACCUUGACCUGCUGGACUUUGCCAAUUGCUAGGUGUCAGACCUUGGAUAAUGAUUAAUGUCCAUCAUUAACUUUCUGUGUGUGUGUUUCUGAAAAGGAGGGUUUCUUCUUAGGUAGAGAUGAGUAUAGAUUACCAUCUUUGCCAGCUGGAAUUUAUCUGCAUUCUUUCGCUUUGAUUGUCUCCCUUCUAGGUCCUCCCAGGCCAGUCUGGGGUGGAGGGUUUCCCUCGGUCCAUCAUUUCCAUUCCUAUCUGUCGACAUUCUUUUCAUUUCUAUAACUCUACCCCUCAGGUCUUCCCUCUCCUCCUGUCCAUCUGGUCUGUACUGGUUAAUCUCAGCCUCUUCCCCUCUGCUCAGACUUUUGCUCAAACAUCUUUUUUCUCCCUGGCUUGACACAACUGACCAGAGUUCUACCUACUAUGUUCUCUGGAUGUUCCAUUCUAGUCACUGCUCUUCUUAAGGGCCACUCUGUGUAUCUGUCUUUUGGAGGUGGUGACCAGCUCUAUGCUGGGCUAAAUUCUUUACCUACCAAGACAGUAGUUACUUCAUUUUAACAUUUAUUUGAAAGACCCUUGGGGGAAAUGGGGUACAGUCUGGGAAAGGUGUCCAUGCUCUGGGAACGGUCUAUUUUAGGCACUUGUAAAUAAAUACAUUGCUGCAUUUUAAAGCAUACCAUGCCUCUGACCAUAAAAACAGAGAAUCUUUCUGGAGGAAGGUUCCAGGCACCAAGGGAUAAUAAUGAAUGUUUGUCAAUAACCUUAUAGCAUUCUGGGAGAGACAAGCUGAAAUUAGCUACAACCAGAUAGUUAAAUACCAUUCCCCUAAUGUCAGAUUCUUGCUAGAUUGGGACCUUUGAGAAAGUGAAUAGGGAUUUACAAAAAUUAGAGACCCAGGGGUAGUUUUUCUAACUAUCAGCUAACGAUUGGGUAUUAGUGACAUUCUGAAUAACAAAGGACUGCUGCAGAGUAAAGAUUGCAGCAGAAAGUUGGAUGGGGAUCUAAGUUCUUACAGGAGAUUUAAAAAGAUGUAAAUAAAUACUAAAAUUCUAACUGAGGAUUGAUGACUGUGAGGAUUGUGGAGUGGAGUGGGAUGGAAUAGGAAUAGGAUAGGAAUAACCAAACUGUCCCCGAAUUUUCAGGAACUCUUGACAUUUAAUCAAAAGUCCCUUUCCCUGUGAUGAAAUCUGUAACUGGCCCCAGGGAAACCUAAAAAAUACCCAGUCAUUUAGGCUAACCUUGGCCUUACUCCUGGCACGGAGGCUGAGUGGCCUGGGAGCUCAUUGUUUUUGUGGAAAGAGACCCCCGGACCUCAAGGAGACUUUGAAGCUUGGUCUUCUCUGGACACUGUGGGACACCCAGCUGCAUCAGCAGAGGGACUUUUACCCCCUCUUUAUUUAGCCUCUCUCCGGCAAGAGAGACUAGACAUUGCACUCGGACAUUUUUUAUCUAUGUUCUAAGUGCAAGACAUACUUAUCAGUACUCACAUUUUCUAUCUGUAGCCUAGUGGCAAAAGGCAAAUGUGUGCACCUUUUCCAAUGUUAAGCCUCACUGGGUUUCUUUGUGGAGUGGUGUUUGUUCUUUAAAUGAAGAGUCAGCCCUCAAGGACUAAGUAAUGUCAACAAAGUAAUUCAGAUUACACACGUUCUGAGCGUGUCUGCCAAUAAGGGCACCUGGAAUUAAGGAAGGGACCUAGGGCUAUUGAUAUCAACAAAUUCCCUUUCCCUUCCCACACAAUGGCAGCAAUAGUCAGAGAAAAGGUCUGAAGUCUCAGCAGAAAAGUCUAGUUGUCUCAAACCAAAAUAGAAUGAAGCUCACCUUAUAUUCGUUAUGAUACUUUUAUUU